CAACUUUAUACACUCGUUGACUGGCUUAUACUUCUUUCAGUUUUAUGGCAGACUUGCUGCCAAUCUGAAAGGGUAAAACUUCCCUUUCUUGAGAAUUUUUACACUUACCAGGUCUGCCGGGAGAUCGAAGGAGAGGUUCUAGUUCUGAUAGGAUUUGCAGGUGAUUAUACAAGAAGUCUGAAAUGGAUCGCAUUUAAAUUAUACUGGAGUUAAAUACAGAAGAUUCGGUGCAGUUCAUGUUGAACUAGUGUUGGCCAAACACAAGCUGCAAUGAGGAUCCGUGUGAGAAGGUGUCCACUAAUUGUAAAGACAUGCGCAAUACUUGGUUUUUUUAUGAUAGCUUAUAUAUUCGUUGAAUUUUCUGCCCCUGUGUUCCACACUUCUGUGAGUGAAGGGCUCACAACAAAGAGAAGAUUGGAGAGAGAUAUCACUGUAGCAGAGGAAAAAUAUGAAGAACUUAAGCAACCAGUUUAUAAAAAGCCUCCUCCGGAUCCAAACAUGCCUGGAGAAUGGGGUAAAGCUGCCAGAUUGGAGCUUGGACCUACAGAGAAAAAGAUGCAGGAGGAAAGCAUUGAAAAAUAUGCCUUGAAUAUUUAUUUGAGCGACCAGAUAUCACUGCAUCGGCACAUAAUGGACAACAGAAUGUAUGAAUGUAAAUCAAAGACAUUCAGCUACAGAAAGCUUCCAACAACAUCUGUUAUCAUUGCUUUCUACAAUGAAGCUUUGUCAACGCUGCUCCGGACAAUACAUAGUGUUCUAGAAUCUUCCCCUGCUGUACUUCUGAGAGAAAUUAUAUUGGUGGAUGACUUCAGUGACAAAGUGUAUUUAAAAUCCCAACUUGAAGACUAUAUUGGUGGCUUGGACAGGGUUCGCUUGAUAAGAACCACAAAACGUGAAGGACUGGUUCGUGCCCGAAUAAUUGGAGCAACUUAUGCAAUAGGUGAUGUGCUCACAUUUUUAGACUGUCACUGUGAGUGCGUUACCGGUUGGCUGGAACCACUUUUGGAAAGGAUUGGUGAAAAUGAAACUGCAGUGGUCUGCCCUGUGAUUGACACAAUAGACUGGAACACAUUUGAAUUUUACAUGCAAACUGGGGAGCCUAUGAUUGGAGGUUUUGACUGGAGACUAACAUUUCAGUGGCAUGCAGUACCUGAAAAAGAGCGCCAGAGGCGAAAAUCCAGGAUUGAUCCAAUCAGAUCACCUACCAUGGCAGGAGGGCUAUUUGCUGUUAGCAAGAAAUAUUUUGAAUACCUUGGCACCUAUGAUAUGGGGAUGGAGGUUUGGGGAGGAGAAAACCUAGAACUUUCAUUUCGGGUUUGGCAGUGUGGGGGUACACUUGAGAUUGAACCAUGUUCCCACGUUGGACAUGUAUUUCCAAAGAAAGCUCCCUAUGCAAGGCCAAAUUUUCUGCAGAACACAGCCCGAGCUGCAGAAGUCUGGAUGGAUGGCUAUAAAGAACUUUUUUACAACAGAAACCCACCUGCACGGAAGGAAAAUUAUGGUGACAUUUCAGAGCGAAAAUUACUUCGAGAGAGACUGCAAUGCAAGAGUUUUGAUUGGUACUUGAAAAAGGUUUUCCCUGAAUUACAUAUACCAGAAGAUCGGCCUGGCUGGCAUGGUGCAGUCCGCAGCAUGGGUAUAAGCAGUGAGUGUCUUGACUACAAUGCACCAGAACAUAAUCCCACUGGAGCUCAUCUCUCAUUAUUUGGAUGUCAUGGGCAAGGUGGCAAUCAGUUCUUUGAAUAUACAACAAAGCGAGAGAUACGCUUUAAUUCAGUCACAGAAUUAUGUGCAGAAGUCCCUGAUCAGCAGACAUACAUUGGAAUGAUGCAUUGUACAAAGGAUGGCAACUCUGUUCCUAAAAACAUUGCAUGGGAAUUCAGAAAUGAUGGAACAAUAUAUCAUCCAAGUUCUGGAAUGUGUAUCAGCUCAUACCGCACACCAGAAGGCCGGGCAGACGUACAGAUGAAGGGAUGUGACCCUUCAGAUAAAAACCAGCUUUGGAAGUUUGAAAGGUAGAAGGAAGAGAGACCACUGGACAAAAUGGACUGAAACCUCUGAAUUAAAUGAAGAAUUCACUGUGCAGACUUUUUUAUCUAAAGUAUGCAUUGUAUUCAUGCUCUUGGCUACCAUUCAUUAAUUUAUUUUCGUAUACAAUGAAGUGCCUUUUACACAGUGCAGACUGUACACUCUUCUAUUACAGAAUGAAUGGUACUUAAAUUAACAGUUAUGGCUCCAUGCUCCCCGUUAACUUCAGUUAUGAGAACUCCAUAAUUUUUACAGAGACUGUAUUUUCAUUUUGGUACAAAUACAACGUUUGACUAUUAUAGUUCAGAGAGAGAUUGUGGUACAUAUCUUGUAAGUUCUUAGUUUUUUUCGGCAUGAUUUGAUGUGCAGCCAAUUAAGUGUUGAUUCGUUUUUUGUCCCUUAUGCUUGUCUGAAUUGGAUAGGCCUUAGUCCUGGAUGACUGCAGAGCCAGUUAUAUGUCCACAUUGGUAUGUUCUGCUAAGUAAAUUUAAUUUUUAUCUGUAACCGUAGAACUGCGGUUUCACGUACCUGUAAUAGACUCUUAUCACUUUUUUAACUUUCUAUGCAAAGUACAGACUUAAUUCGACGCAAGUUUUUCUGCAUAGGGAUGGAAUAGCCUGCACAGGUUUCUGGAAAAUCUGAUGCAAAUGAUAGUAAAAAAAAAAAUAUAUAUAUUUUUUUCUAGUGUGGGUAAAAGAUUUUUGGAGGAGGGUAAAAAUAGGAAAUUUGGAAUAAUGAAAAGUUUUAACUACUGAUUAUUUUAAUAAUCCUUAAUAUCUGCGUAAAUAUGUAAGACUUAAUUUAAAUUUCUUAUAAAAUAAGAAAAUAAAGCACUGGAAAAUAAAACAUUUUUCCAACGA